AUGUCCCUGACGUUGCUAUUUCACGUGGCUGUGGGGAUAAUUGUGCCCGUGAUAGCAGAAAUCGAAAUGGAGUUUACUAAAUACCCUGAAUCGGUGACUGCUCCUGUCGGUGAUGAAGUAACCUUCGAAUGCGCUGUAAGAGUUCCCGGUGAGAGACUAACCUGGAGAUGGAAACCAGAUAACGAUAACUGGGCUGACUGGCACAACGUCAAUAGCACCAGUGAAAAGGAAAAUUCAUCAUCUACGCGGUUGGUCGUCCAAGUGGAAAUGGAUACUGUAACCGCUUUUUAUCAGUGUGUAGUUUGGUAUGGGGCUAUCAGUCUAGUUUCGAUACCCGCCCGCCUUGCCAUAGCUAAGGUGGAUCUUAGCAGAAACACUCAAGAAAGGCGGGUAAUCACCGCUCCGUUAUAUAAUACUGUGACGUUACAUUGUAAGGAACCUCUAUCAGAACCAAUAGCAAGAUUGAACUGGUGGAAAGAAAUUAAGGGUUCAAAAAAGAUUUUAGAUACUCCGAACGGAGUACUUGUAAUAAAUAAUGCAACAACAGAAGACAGUGGGACAUAUGGAUGUACGGCUACCAACGAUAUAAGCGAGCGAUCUGUAGACUUGCCGGAGAGGACUUAUCUAAAAAUACAACACGAGGGUCACGGAGGUAUUAGAUUUCUAGAAACAGAUGAUUUCGUGGGAACUAUAGACAAGGAUGGUGUAUUAACAGUACCGGUAAUGCCAGACGGCGCAUUGCGAUUGUGGUGCGGCAUCGUGGGGACUCCCCCACCACGGGUUACUUGGAGUAAGGGUACGGAUAUCAACUUGCCGGAACACUCUCAAUAUCUGCUCGUACAACCGUUUACAGCGGAACAUGAGGGUAUCUACUCGUGUUCAAGCAACGGAAUCCGUCGAUCUUGGAAGGCAAUAGCUCUGCAGCCGCCGCACUGGGAGGGUUCCGUCGGCAAUGUGAACGUUAUAGAGGGCUCUGAAGCGAAGAUCGUAUGUGGAACCCCACAUGGACACCCGGCUCCUAAAGUACAUUGGGUGUUUAACGCUAAACUAGUUAAAAGCGGCAAGGGAAUUAAAGCCACAGAUUCGGAGCUACUUAUCGAACGUGUGGAAAAACGGCAUGCUGGCAUCGUGCAAUGCUUCGCUUGCAACUCUCUAGGCUGCGCGUACGACGCAGCUCUACUUGUCGUGGUUCCUAUGCAGAUAUCUCAGGAUCAGGAUUACUCGGCCGAAACACCAAAGACGCAACACAUUUCUUCGCAACCACCUAAGCGGCAUAGCAAGAAAAAUCCUAGAAAAAAUAAAGCGGUUUUAAUACCUCCAUCUCGACCAAAUGUAACGAGAUUAUCAGAUGAGAGCGUCAUGGUGUCCUGGUCUCAUGACAACCACGGUCUUCCCAUACAAUUCUUUAAGGUUCAGUACAGGGAAGUGACAAAUUCACCAAACACUCAAUGGCAAACUGAAAACUACGAUAUCCCCGCCCACAUACAUUCGUUUGAGAUUGACGGACUUGUUCCUGACAAAUAUUACAAAUUCCGUAUAGCAGCCGUAUAUUCCAACCAAGAUAACAAGUUAGGUAGAAGUAGUAGCAAGUUCUUCUUACAAAAAGGAGGUUUCCAAAGUCCUCGGGCGCCGGUCCUCGACAAAGCUACAGCGUUGUCACCACACAGCGUACAGAUUAAUUGGACGUGGUCAAGUCAUGGUGGUGUAGAAGCGGAGGGUUUCUACGUAUACUACCGCGCGGUUUCAUCUGCGGGUGCGUACGAGAAGGUGACAACGCGUGGGCACGCGCGAAGCCUCGUCCUACCCCAUUUAUCCCCCGACACGGCGUACGAAGUGAAGAUACAGGCGUAUAGUGCGCAAGCGCCGUCUGACUUUAGUGCUAUUUUGAUGGCUAAAACUCAACGGGCACUGAACACGGCGAGUACAAGUACAGAAGCGUCAGCGAAAGAAGAGCGGGGGUCGUCACCGACGCUGGUGACAGCGGGCGGUGCGGCCGGUGCGGCCUUGCUACUGGUACUCAUCGUGACGUUGCUGUUAUGUCGCCGUGCUAAGAGGCCUCCUGCUGGCAAGGAGAAAGGAUCACCUGAGGGCGGCGCCAAUGGAUACCUGCCGGCCAAAGUGCCCAUCACCAUUACAGCUAACCCUAUGCACGGAGAGGGAGGUGAUGGAGGCGUAGAGAUGUCAUUCCUUCACAACAAUAACGGCAAUGCGACGAGCAGCGAUGACAACCUGCCUGCAAGAAAGAACAGACAAUAUGUG